GGACUAAGUAAUUUACCUGAGCCAGCGAUAUAUAUGAACACCGUUACGUUUCCAUUGAGACACAACAAACAUGGCGUCUGGCUUGGCGGAAAUACUAAGUUAACAAUUUAAGUGUGAAUUUAUCAACGUUGUGACUCCACAAAAGAAAAAGAGUAGCAACAGUAGAUACAGAAAAUGCCAAUUGAUGCACCAGUCAGACUUUCUUCAGAAAAUGAAAAUGGAAAUGCAGAGGAAAAAAGCGAUGUUCCCUCUCUACAAACUGCUCUUGUAAAAUUUGUUGAACCACACUCAGAAUCGGACGAAAACAAUGGCGAAGAGCCUUCGCCUCUUAGCCGCGAGGUUACCAAAGAAAUACGGAAGAGAAGGAAGACUAUAGUUAAUUCGUUUCGACUGGCAGAGCUAGUUCCAACUACGAACACUCCUCACUCAAAUUACCGGAGAAAGUCGAUUGUUGUGUUAACAACAGAAACUGUCAUAGACGCCAAAGCUGAACAACAGUAAGUAUACGUUCUGUUUUGAAAUUUUAAAUGUCUUCAGCGGUGAGAAGUGUUAAAUUAAAGUGAUAUCAAUUAUAGAUCUUAAAAUCGAUCAUUUUGAGUCUGUUAAACGUAAAGGCAUCCCACCAUUUUGGAGUACUUAGUACUUUUAUGACCACGUAUGGCUGUAAACAUUAAAACUUGAUAGAUUACCUUCCCUUUUUUUUACUACUUUCGUCUAUAUCUGAAGGAAUUGUCCUAUCUUUCCCUGGUACAAAAGUGGUUAGAAAACGUUUGUUUAAUUUUUGGUGUGUAAAAUUAAAGUUGACCACUGAGAUCCUCUAAAAAAAGGGUUUACUGACUGUUAUUUUCAAGACAUGUACUUGUAUUUAAUUAUUUUUAUCUUUCUUACUUGGGUAUUAUUUCCUUGUAGAUUAUUUUAGAAGAGGUCUUUUUAUAUCUAUAAGGCAUUAUGUCUGUCUAUUUUUAUCUCUUGUUAGUUUAAUUUUGUAUUUUUACUGGAGAGGAUGUUUUCAAUCCCUUUUGUUUAGCUACAUGCAGGCGAUACACAUUUUUUUAUUGUGACAGGUAAUGAUUUAUCUCUUUUGCUCUUUUUAUUGCAGUUUCACUGAAGGCCUAACAUUUGCUGAAUUAGAAGAUCAUAACCAAGCCAUAACAUCCUACAAUAAAGCUAUUUCUCUGAAGCCAGACAUUGUGAAAAAUUAUAUUGCAAGAGGGGAGAGUUACUUACAGAUCUGUGACUUUCAGUCAGCAAUUUUAAACUUUAAAAAAGCAUGUAUAUUGGAUCCAGAUAAUGAUUUGACUUAUUCUAGAUUAGCAUUCCUUUACUUUUUACAAGGACAAUGUUUAUUUGAUGAAAAACUUUACAGUGAAGCACUGGAAUCAUUUUCUAGAGCAGCUGAGAUGAAACCUGAGGUGAUUGGUUAUCACACAAGGAGGUGAGAGACUUAAUCCUGGGUACUAAUAUACUUAAUGAUGAUGAUGUUAUUCAUUCAUGACCAUUGAAAUUGUACUUUUUUUUUUUUUUAAUUAUUAUUAUUAUUAUUUUACAGUGUGGCUUGCUUGGCUGCUCUUCAAAGACAUGGAGAAUGUUUAGCACUUGUUAAUAAACGACUUGAAGAAGAAACUGAGAACCCAGACCUUUUCAUCAUGAGAGCCAGACUUCAUGAACUGUUCCGUAAUGUGAGCAAUUGUCUAAAUCAAAGGCUUGAACUUGUGUCUUUAAAAAUUCAAAUGUUCUCCUUAAGAGAGAAAUGUAUUGUUUUCUAGUUCCUCAAUCAGUCAAGUCAUAUCUCAGUGUGAACACAACCAUAGAAUCUUUAUUGAUGAUUUUAUUUACAGUUUUUAACUUUGUGAAGUGAUUUUAGAACACAUUACAUACAAUAACAGUUUUUUAUUAUGGGAUUGAUUCAAUCUAUAAAAAUUUGAUGUAAAAUUUUAAACUGUUUGUGGUUAGAAACUUAGAUUGUCAUCCUUUUAUCUGGUGGAGAUUUUCUCUUUCUAACAAAUGGUUUUACCAUAUUUUGUAGUCAACUCUUUGCUACUAUGAUGUCAAAGAUGCACUUGCACUUGCUCCAGAUAACACAGAAGCUAAAACUCUUAUGGCAUCACUUGAAAAGAGGGCAAAGGACAGCAGACAACAGGUCAGUAUGGCUAAUAUCAACAGUAAUGUGGCAUCAUUUAGUUUCAACUUGAAAGUGUUACAACUAGAAAAGUUUACCAAUGGGAUAAGAGAGAUUGUUAAUUUUGAACUUGGUGAAGAAAUGGAGAAAUAUGUUUUUUGCCUUAUCAUGAGCAAGGGAAAAUAAAAAAUUCUGAGUUCCCAUCAGGAAUCAAACCUCAGACCCUCAGAUUCUGCACUCCAAUGCUCUACCACUGGGCCACAGAGACUCUAUGUUGAUCAAGUUUAGUUGUUCUCUCAUGACCUUUUUUAAUUUUAUUAUCAAAUCUUCAAUUUUACAUGUAAUUUUGAUAUUCUAUUACUGAGUAGCUACUCUAAUUAUUGUUUGGUGCAAGAAAAUUAUUGGAUCAAUAUAUCAGAUAUUGGUACAUGUAUUCAUUUCUUGGUUAACUUUUAUAAGAUUUCAACAAAAUUUUGUCGCUGACUUAGAGAUAUUUUUUCUGGUCUGUAAUAGGCCAUACAGUUACAUUUGGUUGGUAAGGUAAAAGAGGCCCUCUCCAAAAUCUCCAUUGCUAUUGAAACUAAUCCAUCCAUGGCAGAAUUCCACGUCUUUCGGUAAGUGCACAAUAUAAAAUUAGAUGAAAUUAGAGACACUUCACCAAGUCAAUUAAUUUAGCAGUACCACAAUCAGUCAGCCAACAGUUCAGUGAAUCACUCAGGGAGUCAUUCAGUUGGUCCGAGUUACAAUGUAGAUGUUUUGAUUACAUUACUGUUAGGGUGGUACACCCUGUACUCUAUGUUCAGUAUGGAGCCCUCUCUUGAUUUCCUUGUAUUCCAAGAUGACAUGUGUGUAUUUCUUUAGUGGCAGUCUUCAUAGAAGGAUGUCUGAUUUCAAUGCUGCUAUAGAUGAUUAUCUACUAGCCAUGGAUAAAACUGAUCACGAGGAAUCAAAUGAGACAUACAAGGAGGCACAGAGACAGUUACUUCUCUGUUAUAAUGACUUUGCUGUGGAAUGCUUCAGGUAAGAAAAAUAAGGGUCAGGGUUUGACAGAAAAAUUUUUUUUUCCUGCCUGAUUAUGGUGCUUUUCACCAUUGAUGCAAGGCCCCUCUUUAGUGUUACAGCUGCCAAAUAGAGAGAUAAAUUCAUUUUCAUUGUAAGAGUAGAAUUAUGUUUGAACCUAGAUUGUGAUUGAAAUGGCAAAGUUUACAGUUUACUAAAAAUUUUCUGGUAGCCAAGUAAAAUGGUCGUCUAGAUACCAGCAUCCUCAAUAAAACAGUCAAUAAGGCAAGGCUACAUGUAUAAAAAGCCUUGAAAGCUCGCAAAAACUUUGAUGCUCUGUAACAAAAUUUGUUUAAACAUCACAUGUAGAUCUGAUAUAUCUUGAGUACAUGUAAAAGCAAAUUUUGUGGAGCUUUACUUGAAAUUUCUGGUGCAUUAAUAAUUAGUUAAUUAAUUAAUUGACUUAUGCAUUUUAUUUUGGUUUUUAGGAAAGAAUUCUAUGAUGAAGCAGUUGUUCUUCUGAACAAAGCGAUCAAAGGGGAGAAGAAAGAAAAAGGACUGUAUAUCAAUAGAGGAGGUAUGUAAACUUUACUUUACCUGACAUGUACAAAAUGUGUUAUUUAUUUAGCAGCAAAUUUUCAAUGUCCAUUUUCCUUUAUCUUCUCUUUAGAUUGUUUCUUCCGGCUGAAUGAGUUGCACUUUGCUCUUUCCGACUACCAGCAAGCACUGGAGAUGGACAGCAGUGAUUGGUCCGUGAGAUGCCGACUGUCUAUUGUUUAUAAUGAGUUUGGUAUACUGGAGUAUUACGACAGACAUUAUUUGGAGGCUAUUGAUCAUCUUACCACGUGUAUCCGCUACAACCCCCGCAUUGGAGCUUACUACCUGUCACGCGCCAGGGCCCGGUACAUGAUCGAGGUAUGGUACAAGACGAAAUUCCUCAAUUUCAUGAUGUAUGAAAAGAAAUCCGCCAUGUAAACUCACAGGCUGGAAUUACAGAACAGUAGCUUUGACACGUUACGGUGCACCUUCGCAAUUAAACGCAUUUAACUCGAAUUUUCUCUUAUCGCCAUGAGUGAGUGUUGAAUCCAAAGUCCAGCGUUGCAGGCGGAAAUUUACUUCCGUCAUUGUUACUAAGGGGUAUGGUGAAAAUUAAACGGGGGGCAGAUGCCCAAUUUAGAUCACAUUCAACCGCUGUUUGGGGGGGGGUGAGAAUGACGCAGUUCAUGGAUGUGAAUGCAGCACCAAGAGUAAACUGCGUUGGUGAAUGAAGUUUUGGAAUCGUGAGUGGAUUAAAAAACUUACUAUGAAGUGAAAAAUCUGUAACUUAUGUGGCUGCUUUCAAUUUGUUGUUACUUUACUUCAAGUGACCUUUAAAGAAGUUUGAAACCGAAACAAUCACUUUACCUCACCUUUAUAUCUGCCUUCUUUGCUCUGUGUGUUUCAUGUAAUAAUUAUGUUAAUCCACGCCGAUUAACAUAACGAAAAUAAUCACAUGUUUGUUUGUUUGUGUGUAGGAUUUGGACGGAGCUCGGUAUGAUGUCCUUAUUUCACUAUCUUUGGAUCCAGAAAACAAAGAGGUUGUCUCCAUAUUUUCGCGCCUUUUUCCUGGGAGAUCAAUCACUGACGUCAUGAAGAGUCACAUGGGAAUAACAGCGGCGCGUCAGGCCGAGGCUUCCAUCAGAGAAACAAACAGCUAUCAAGAGCUGUCUCAGCAUGCUACAGGUACGACACAGAUGAACUAAAUUAGAGUCUAGGUUGUAAGAGCGCUUUAGAUCCACUAAACAUUUCUCUCUCAGAUUGAGGAUUAAAAUUGGGUACGUAAGCGGGCCUGAUUUACAUAUCUUGCCGAGUAAGGAAAUAUUAAAUAAUAAUUGUUUUUAUAUUAAUGUUUAUCUAAUACGACAGGUGCGAAGAAUUCAGAGACAGCUGCCAGAUUUAGUGGCAAAUCAAUUCUCCCUCCAAUUCGUGGCUCGGUAUUCCCUGAAAUGCGAGUUUGUAUGGAGGAACAGGAUUUCCACAUCAAUAUUAUAAAGGGGAAGAAAAAGGUAGAUAAAUUUUUAUAACCACAAGUUGCAUGCCAGCUAAUGACAAAUAGCAAAGACUGUUCAUAUAAAUACUUCUUUUAAAAUAAAUUGUUGUAAUUUGAUUUUUUUUCUGUAUGAACAGCGAAAUUUUAUGCGAACUAUGCUGGUUUGAAAUAAUGGUGGCGAAGUUUUCGAAUACACCGUGUCAGGAAAUAAUCAGUGAUAGGAAUAUGUUUACUUCUUAUGAGUAGAGAACUAAGGUAUUUCAAACAUGAGUGAUAAAGGAACCUCUUGCAAGCUUUUGUUCGUGAGGAUCCUUCUGACUACUGAUUAAGAAGUAUCGUUUUAAUUUUGUUGUCCAUCACUUCCAGGCUACGAAAAUGGUACAUAAGGCUCUUAGUACUCGCCAAGAUCUGACAUUCAGAGGUCCAAGAGUCCAGUCCACAUUGGGUGGUUUAACAAUCCCAACAGAAAGAAGUGUAGUGAAGUUCGAUGGGCUGUCUGAUAAGAGAACAAAAGAUCAGAAGGCUUUGGCUUAUCUUGCUUAAUAACUUGGUCAAAGAGAUUGAGGUGUCAUGGAAUAAUGAACUAGAAUAAUCAAGACAACUAUGGUUGAACUGUUUUAUGACGGGAAAUGGCGUUUGAGUCAGAAAUAUAGCUUUAAGCCGAUAUUUUUAUAAAAAAUAGUUUUUGUUUUUGGUCUUUGUGGAUCAGUUCAGUAUCUGAAAAAUACCAAAUAACCUUUCAAAUGUCAAUUUUCAAGAAGUUCAAAUGUAUAUCAUUGAGACACUAUUUGUUAUACCAAAAUGUAAUUAUGUACAUAGUUUGGAAAAAAGUUAUUGAUUAAGA